AUCCAACCGCUCAAGCUGCUACCGUUGGAUUUGUUUAACUCUGGCAUAUCGUUAGGCGCUGGGUAGUGUUAGCCACCUAGUGACAUUAGCAGAACCCAGGUGUUACUACUGCAGUGGUUGGUGUUGUUGAUGUGUGGAUUAACCGUGUACCACCAGUGAUAUAAUGCACGUGGGAGAGUUUCUUCUUAUAGUUAUCCAGCUGUUGAAUAACGUAUGGCUUGGAAGGACAGCAGGGAUGGAGGUGACGCCCGCACAGCUGUUACUCCGUCGCAAAAUUUUGGUGGUUUCCCUGGACGGCUUCGGACACGACUACCUGACCAAGUACCAGUGGCAGCACCUGAGUAAUCUUUACGCUCAUGGCAGUUAUCCCUAUAGGUUCAGGCUAUGGUCACCAGCUGCUGAGGACUGCCACCAACAACACCAAGCUUGCCCUUCAACUCAGCAUGGCUUCUACAAGUUGUAUUCAGUUUUGUUCCAGAUGUGGCAAGGAAGUACGAUCACGGCAGCAGGCUCUCUCCUGUGAUUAUUGCCAUCAAUGGAGACAGGAAGAGUGGCACAACCAUCACUCAGGAUAUGUACAGUUGCCACAGGUAUGUAUGAAGAGGCACAUGGUGUGGUUGGCAACAAUGUGUAUGAGCCUCAGUUGAAGCAAACAUUUGAAGUGAGCGAUGCAGAAUUAUUUACUCAGAAUCCUCAUGUCUCUCCAAUUUGGACAUUAAAUGAGGAGCAUGGAGGACAUAGUGGGUGCAUCAUGUGGCCAGGCUGCGAUUUUGCAUACCGUGGAAAAAAUGUGACAUUCUGGUCUCCAUAUCAUGAACGAGCUGCAUUAAAAGAAAGCAUAGAUACAAGCAUCCAGUGGUUUACAAAUGAACAGACUCCUGCCAACCUUAUCUUUCUUUACCAUGAAGAACCUGAUCAUUUGGGUCAUAUUUAUGGGCCUAAUUCAUCUCAAGUUUUAAAAGAAUUGAAAAAAAUUGAUGAAGAUAUCGGAUAUCUGUACCAUAUGCUUCAGUUGCAUGGACUGAAGGACACUGUAGAUGUGAUUAUUCUAAGUGACCAUGGCAUGAGUGCUGUUAAAGAAGAGAACAUAAUUGACCUGAAUGCCAUAGUAGAUCAUGACCUGUACAACACAUCUGGAAACUCUCCUAUGUUACAAGUCUGGACAACACCUGAAAAUUUCAAGGUGGUAUAUUCACAUUUGAUGAAGAGAAUAAAAACAGAGAAGUACAUGGUAUACUUAAACAGUGAUGAUAAGCUAAAGUCUUGGCAUUUCACAAACAACACACGCAUCAGUGAAAUUACUCUACUUGCUGAAGAGGGCUAUGUCUUUCAAGAUUUUAAGAAGUAUAUUGAAGGAAUUAAGAACAGUGGACUCUCAGAUUUGACAGACACACAUGGUGACCAUGGAUACCCUGUUGAUGUGCCUAGCAUGGAGCCAAUAUUUGUAGCUGUGGGACCAUCAUUCAAGCAAGGAUUUGAGGCUCUGGAGUUCAGCAACAUAGAUGUGUACCUCCUGUUGUGUCAUAUGUUGUAUCUCCCUCCUGGACCUCAUAAUGGGACUUUUGACCACAUCAACUCUAUUUUAAUGGAGCCAGUGUCAUCAAUGCUCAUUCUUCCUGUGACAAUUAGUUUAGGGUGCUUAGUUGUACUCGUAGGACUGAUUGGUUUUCUGAUUACCAGAAGCAAACGUAAACCUGUUUCAGCUGAGGCUCUCAUCAGUGGAUAUGUGCACAGGAAAGCAAAGCGUGGAGGCAAGGAGCCAUUACAAGACAUAAGUGAAGAAGAAUGUUUAUUAGAUGCUGAAGUUGUUGAUGAAGUAUAACACUGAUUUUGACUGAUAUUUUAACUCUUUUUGCACUUAUGUUCAAUGAAACCAAAAGAACUAAAAUUCAAUCAUUAUAUUCUAGUCAUUGACACAUGCAGGUACUGUAUAGGUAAUGCCUUAUAACUGUGUGUCUAAUCUUAAGAAAAAAAUUUCAUUGUUAUUGUGUAUAUAAGAGUAAUGUACAGUAAAAGUCCAAAAAUCCGGAUGCCAGAAAUCUGUACCACCUGAGAAUCCGGACUUUUCGAAAACUCAAACUUAACU